UGCUUCUUUAUGUCCACGGUGAAGGGACGGCUACGAAGGGAGGACAACAGAGGCUACGAUUGAGGGACUUUUAACGUCACUGGCAUUAAGAGCCCUUCCGCUGGCUGCGGUGGUAAAAGAGAGUUUUCAGAACUCCUGUUUUCUCUCCGGCAAGUUUUCUUCGGUGGGGAGGAAAAAAAAAAGACUUAAGAAAACUCAGAAAGGCGACAAUCUGUGUGGCUUCCUCUCCACUACCUCCAGGACAGGUUUGAUGAAGAUCAUUGUUACAUCUGGGGAAAAAAUAGAAUUGGACAAAAUCAGCUUGGACACUGGCAAAAACAAUAAAAGGGAGAAGAAAGAAGGAGCUGUGACAUCAUUACUGACAAGGGACACAAGGGAUGCUACCUACACCUUCCUCUUUGUGACGUGUCCUGCAAAAAAUGUGUUACAUGAUUGGGUGUAGGGAACCAUGGACAUAACUUGGAGAAGGCAUCCAAACACCUUUAGAACAACAACAGGAUGCUGUGUGGCAACAAUCCAGGCUCGGGACACAAGAUGUGAGACUCCCACUGUGGCCCUUGCUACUUGAGGCCCCCAUGGUUUUGCUGAUUCUUACAAAAGAAAUUGAGAAAGAGAGAAAAAGAGAUAUUGAUUUUCCAGUUUUGCACACGUUGAGUCAGGCAAGUGAAAACACUGUUUUAAUGACCAUUGCUGUUCAAAAAGAGAAACUAGGUUGCUCCUCCAAACCUGCAAGAAACAAAUCAGAUAAGUAGCUACAUGAAAACUGUGAAGGGUCACUAUCCAAUUGGACUGGGGGGAACAGUGCAAAUUAGACAACAUUGUCCUGGAAGAAACCCAGAAGUUCCAUGACAGACCUAUUUUUUAUUCUUUGUUAAAUAGUCUAGCAGAAAGAACAGUGAAAGAAAACAUAAACAAUGGGGGGUCCAAGUAUGUGACCAUCCUUAAGUUAUACCCGUGUACUUCCAGAUUAACAUCAACCUUUUCUGAAGGACACAUUGAAUUUCUGGGUCGGGGUUUUGUCAACUGGCUAGGAAAUGAGUCUUGGAAAGCUACCCGUGAUUGGCUGGGUGUCUGGCUCACACAGCAAACGCCGAUUCAAAACAGAAUUGACCCCGGACAUGAUCAGCCCGCCACUGGGGGACUUUCGUCACACCAUGCAUGUGGGACGAGGUGGUGAUGCCUUUGGAGACACUUCUUUCCUUAGGAACCAUGGUGGAGAGGAAGUCAAACCCCACAAUUUCUUUGCUCGGACACUGUGGCAUGUAAGGAGGAGCCCGCUAAGGAACCGGGGAAGCCGAAACAAGGAUCAGGGCUCAUCUGCACCUCCCGCCAUCUCACCCAUCAUCAAGAAUGCUGUGUCACUGCCUCAGCUCAAUCAGAGUCACUAUGACAGCGAUGAUCUUGGUAUAGCAUUUGCCUUCAAGAAACCCCCAACAAGCUUCUCUGACUAUGGAUUAGAAUCUGGAUUCUGUACCAUUCCACGUGUUCCCCGAUCUGAGAAGCCUCCCGAGAGCUCCCAUCCUGCUGAGUCAGCAUUGCAGCGUUCAGAUUCCUUGCUGUCUUUCCGCCUGGACCUUGGCCCCUCUCUCAUGAGCGAACUUCUUCAUGUCAUCAGCUUCUCAGGAGGCGACAGCUCUGACUCCAGGGAAAAGAAAGAAUGCGAAGAGAGCAAACCGCCAAGCAGCAGUGAGUCUCACUCUUCCCUUCACAUCAAGAGCACCUGGUCAGACGACUCGCUACCUGUGAAGUCAGAAUCUCGUCAUGGUAAUGGUGAAGAAAGCCAAAACGUAUCAAGCCUUUUGGAUUACUCUGAGCUUAGAUCACCCUUGGGACAUUUGGCCUAUGCUAAUGGAGACUCUCAUUCUAUAGAGAUGUCUGAGGAAGGAUCUCCCUGUUUGAGAAGCAGGAGUUCUAGUUCUGAACUGGAGGCACUGCCAAAAGAGACCUAUUGGCAAAAAGGGCACCACAAGGACUGUAACAUGGAAGCAAGAGAAUUCAACCAUGCUGCCCGUGUCUUAGCAUGCCAUUAUGGGGCAGGAAGUACCUACCGCAGUCCAUCUCCAGAAGAAGAUCCAAGGGGACAAGCCUCAUGGGAAAGCCCGAUUGCCAACUCAUGGCACUUGAAAGUAGGUGCACCUGAGCAACGGGAAUAUUCUACUGGGUGGCGACAAAGAGAAGAGGAGGAGGAAGAGGAGGAGGAGGACCACAACAAGUCUGACAGUGAUGAAGAAACCAUUGUUAGAGAAGGACACAGUGAUUCCUUUGAAUAUGUUGAUGAAGAGGAUGAAGAUGAAGUUAAGGUUUGAACGGACAUACAUGUUCUCUUGUGGCCUCCCACCAGCCUCUGAGGAGAUAUCAGAGCAAAAUGAAACAAUGUAAAGCUAUCUGGCAUUCUGGAUAUGUGCAGAUUCACAAGGUUAGCAUUCUUUCCAGAUGAUCUUCUGUAUAUCAGUGCUUCCUAAACUGGUGUUUUCAGACACCAGUUUGAAUUCCCAUCGAGUGAUAAGUUCUACCACAUUUACAGAGUGCCAGGCUAGGAAAAGCAGGACGGAACUGAUUUCUCUACUUUGGUAUGUCUCCUCCUCCCUGCUUUGUGGGUUUAAAAAAAGAAAUAGUAAAAGGAACAAUUUAGAGCAAACCAAAAAGUAUUAGUUGCUCUUUUGUGGCAGCUGACAGUUAAAGAUGCUUAUGACUUCCCAUGCUCCUUCCUUCCCACUGGUUGAUUGAUUUCAUCAUGACAGAUAAUGCCAUUAUUUUUCCAUCCCCUAGAAAUAAAAACAUUUAUACUUAAGAAUAGAGACCACUGAGACCUUUCAUAUCUCUAUCAAAUAACUAUCAGGAAAAAUGUAGUUAAAAAAGAACAGUCUAGUAAAGGGAAGAGAAACCCUACCUCCAUUGGGACAAUAUUCUCCUAAUUGCCUUGUGAUGAAAAUAAAGAUCAACUCAACUGUUUUUCCCAUCCAAGAUACUGGGACACCAGCAAGGCAGGAUGGUUCUUCUCCUCUUUUUACAAGAAACACAAAAUUUGGACUGUAUCUGAAACCAGUUCAUCAGCACGCUGUCCAGUUUUCCUGCACCAGAACUCUGAUUGAGAUAGGAUUGUUGUUUAUUAUACACCCUCAGAAGGAAAUGUAAUCCUAGUCUUCCAAGUGAUAUCAUUCCAAGGAAUCUGUAUGUUAACCUUGUUGUUUUAUAUACUUCCAGAGCACGCACAGAAUUCAAUUUAUGUUAAGGAUCUAGUUUACUGACAUGGAGGGCUGAAAUAUAACUUUCCAUUCUGUAUCUCCUAAAUUCAGGCAUUGGCAAUGCAAAACCCUAACUAACAAUUUGUUUCUGGCACUUACAGCUUUGCAUAGCUAUUGCAGCAGCUUAUCCACAGUGCUCGUUCAGGAAGAAAAGGAAAUUAUUUCUCAAGGUAAAAUCAGAUUCUGAAACAAGGCUGCUUUUCAUGCUUCCAUGUUCCCCCCACAAAAAGAGAGGACAGUUUACACAUUGUCUUUGGAAAGCCUUCCAGGUAUUCCCUGGAUUUGCUGCUAGAGCCAUACACAAGGCUGUUGCUUAGCUGAGAAAGAGGCAGAGUAAAG